AUGCGGCGACUGUACGUUUCGCCGAACAAACUGCGUGGCGGCGGCAACAACAGGCCCACCGAUCGCCUCUCGGUCACCACCGCCCAGGCCCACCACCUCACGCCGGCCCUCCGUUUGGCUUUAAAGGCGCGUAAUAAUGGAUCGUACCUUACUGCAGCAUUAACAACUCAUUGCACCAAGACUAAAGUUGUUCAGCAUUCGCCUGCCGCACUGCUGCGCCACCUCGCGGCCACUGAUUGCCGCCGACAGCUCUUUGCUCCCCACGUGCACACGGCCUUUGCAGCCGACGACUCAAUUACCACCCGCUGCACUCACAGGCUGUUGGCGUCCACCUUUGCCACGAGCUUGAACAUAUCGCACGACCCCUGCUUAGCGACAGCUACCCCUCGGUACUGUCCGGAGGUGGUGUCGGGAUGUCGGCGAUCAACUGGCCAAUCUUCUCCAAAGCCAGUCGAGGCCAAGUAUCCGGCCGUCCCCCCCGGCUUCAUCAGCCCCGCACCCCCUAUAGCAAUAACCCUGAGCCUAGUACUGUGGCAACACCGUGAAGCUGAUCUGAAUUCAGUCAGCGCCAGGGCACAGCGAGCAUUAGUCCAGUCUCACUUUGCUCGAAUAGUCUCACCACCUCAGGGCUAUUCUAACACCCACUACCCGGUGCUAGGCCUGCGCUACGCUCGAAGGGGCGACUGCACGCUUCACUUGUGGAACAGCCCUGAAUUAGCUGGACGUAUAGGCACCCGUCUGCUGGCAGGACUGCCGCGGGAGAGCCUGCGCUCUUCAGUUCACCCCCUUAGACAUGGGAAAAUAAUCACCAGCUCUCCUCGAGCCUCUGUU